AUGGAUAAAGACAAAGAAGAACCGACAUCUAACAGCAGUCAGGGAAGCAAAAGCUCCCGCAGCUCACGGCAAGGUGCACCAAACCCAUACGAAAGGGAUUUUCACACGUACUCACGUCCAGUCGGACAUGAGCGGAACACUCGAGCGCCUAAAGCAUUCGAGAAGAAGGAUUCGCGAGGCUCUGAUAGCACUUAUCAGAAGGCGCUCGAGGCGGUCGCCAACCAGGAAAGUUCGAGUGACGACCAGAAGCAUACUCCCGCGUCUGCGGCGGGAAGUCAUCCGAUGAACCAGAUAAAGGUCACCGGGGAGGAUAAGCCCACAAAAAGAAGAGCGGAACCAGUUGGAGCAUCACAGUCGGAUGCUACCACCAAUGAGCAGGAUAAAAACGUGAACCUGACUCAAAUGGAAGUUGAUAAGACAAAGGUCACCGAAGAAGAACUCGCUGAACUGGGUCUGGAUGACCUUUCACUGAACGAUAAGACCGCAGGCGAUGACCUUUGGGCAACUCCAAUGGUCUCAGACGAAUCGAACGAGUCAUACUUCGCGGAUGAUGAAGCGACGAUGCAUAUGUCCUUCGAAUCUGCGAUGAGACAAGCUGACCGUGCUGAAGGGAUGACACCUUUCAAAGAGAUACCAGAGCACCUUAUCGAACGGACACAAACAGGAAAGGUCAUCAAUGUACGACCACCGUCACCGAACAGUCCCACGUCAACUCUGAAAAGACGCGUGAAGGAGUUGGAAGAGGAACUUGAAGUUAAGGAAGGUCUGGUGAUGAAAAGGAGACAGGAAUACCAUAACCAGACGGGGUCUCUUAACGCUCGUAUUUACGAAUUGGAGCAACAACAGGCUUAUUUGGAAAGCACAGCGGAUGAAUGGAAAAUCAAAUACGAGCGUCAAAAAGAACUCGCUGAGGAAUAUCUGAAAAUGGUAGAUGACAGAGAAAUGGAAGGUCAUCCUGCAGUCAGUGACCUUAACGAGAGUAUGUCGGAAGAGUCGGCGGAAAGGUCACGGCACUUAGCUGAAUUGAAGAACGAAUGUGACCAAUUACGCCAAAAGGUCACCGAAGCGGAGGCAAAGCGGGACGAGUACGCGGCCAACCUCGCGGGAGUCACACAACGAUUGACAACGCUGGCUACAGAGACAUUCAAACUCAGAAAUGACCUGAAGCUACGAGACGAAGCCAUCAGCACCCUGGAAAAUGAGUCGAAAGGUCAUCAGGAACGUGCUGACGAAGCCGAAAGGCUACGCAACGAGAUAACCAAAGCGAUGCGCGAUGCGAGAGACCUCACUGCAAUAGAAGGACAAAAGUUGAAAGAAGAGAUUAAAAAGGUCAACGACGAAAAUGAAAAGGUCACUGCAGAUAUUCAAAAGGUCACAAAGGAAGGGCUUAAGUGGCAAAAGGAAGCAAGGCGACUGGAUACGAUGGUCACAGCAUUAGAGCUGAAGGACAAAGAAUGGCAACAACAAGUCGCCCAAAAGAGCCAAGAAGUCACAAAGCUGAAUACUGAACUGCUCGAGAUGACCACUACAGCACUGGCGAAAGAUGAUGAGUUGAUUGCAACCAAGAAUCAGCUGAAAACAGCAGCUGAGGAAUACACGACGUUGGAAAGGGAUGUGACCCGACUGGCGGAACACAUUAAAAGGGUGGAGAAUGACACUGAAAAGGUCGUUCAGGAGAAGACUUUCCAGCUGCAUCAGCAUAUGCUAAAGGUCAACGAGGAGAACCAGAGCCUAAAAACCGAGAAGGAGGAAUUCCAGUUGAAGAUCAGACGCCUUGAAGAUGAAAAUAAGGCGCUCAACAUGUCGAACAAACACAAAGAUGAACAGCUGCUGCAAUAUGGAGUCAGGACAACAACAGUGGAAUCACCGCCGCCCAGUUACAGCAAGGCGCAUGAAACGGGCACGAGUAAAAGUUUCCACUUUGACAUGCCGCUACGAACCGGUACCGGCAAAGGAAGCGUCAAAAAUGAAAGGGACGGUGAAAAGGUCAAAGAUGACAAAGAGCCACCUUCAGAAAGCUACCCGCAUAUGAGUCGAGGUGACCCUUCACAGUUUCCCCCACAUAUCGAAACAAACGUGUUCAUUGAUGAAAGACAUAGAGAUAGACCGUCUAGCCGGCAAGAACGCCCACGAAAGUCUCGUUAUGAAAAGGUGAAACGAAACCAAAACGACGACGACGGUAGCGAAGAGGAAGAUGACCAGAGAGGACAAUCAGCAUCGGAGCAAUUGGCAAAUGCGCUCAAAUCGAUGGGACGCAAAACGACUCUGGUGACCUUUGAUGGAAGUCGCGAUGCCGUGAAUGGGUGGACCCAAUUGGUUAGGGAUACCCAGCGAACGUAUCACCUUACCGAUGACCAGAUCCUAAUUGAGAUAGCCAGCGCGGUGAAAGGACCGGCAAAAAUCUGGUUUGAAGGAGAGAGAGAAAUUGCACUCCAAGAAGAAACUGAAUACACUGUAACAGAAUGGAUGAACAAGUUCAAAGAUGAAUACGGUGACCGUGACGAAGAAGUCCUCGGCCUACGAGAAGCCAUGGCAAGGAAAUUCGACCUUGGAAAAGAAUCGCUUGAUCAGUUUUAUCAAGCGAUCAUGAAAUACAAGGCGAAGCGGAUUAUCACUGAAAAACAAGCAGUCGGUUUCCUGAUUGAAGGAUGCAGAGUGGACAGUGACCUUUAUAAGGCACUGCGUACGCAACAGUGCAGAACACCGACCGAAAUUAAAGAUUUCUUCAGACAUUGGUCAGCAGGAGAAGAAAAGUAUAAAGCGCCUAAAGGUCAACGCAAUCAAGACUAUGUGACAAUUCGUACCGGCCAAGUUGAAGAUAUGCCACAACAGAGGAUGGCAGUGGCGCCAGUUCAGCAGCCACCGGAAUACCGCAGGACAAACCCGGCUCAAGAAGUCAUAAAGGAGGUCACGCUUGCCGAUGCAAUGGUUGCAGCAAUACAAGCGGCGGCGGUACAGGUGGCCGCUCAAGCGAGGCCAGCACCUCAGAAUGCGGCCCCACAGGUACCACAGAAUGUGGCCCCUAUGAAUGUAGGGUUACCACAACAGGGAGUGGGCAAUGGAAAUUUCGGUGGAAAUGGUUACAGAAAUGGAAAUUGGAACGGAGGUCGAGGGAACUUCCAGAAUCAGAAUCAAGGUCAAGGUCAAGGCAACUUCCAGCCAAACAGAGGAAAUCAGAAUAACUUUCAGCAGAAUCAAGGGUCACGGACGGAAUUCAAGUUCCAGUUGAUUGAUGGAUGGGUGGCAAACGGAGUGCAAAUGUGCCAGUAUUGUAUGUACGGCAACCACCAGACCCAGGGAUGCAAAUUCGCCAACACACCACCGGACCAGAACCCGAACCUGUUCGCCUUUAACGAAUGGCAACGACUGCGCGGACUUGGUGGUUGGCGCCUAGCGGUGAAUAACGGAUAUGACCUUAUCGCCCAAUGCUACAUCUACACCGACUCCGUGGAUAAUCUGAAGCCAGAGAACGUUGUCCAGACGUUGUACUGCGCUGACAAGUAUGAUCUGCCAUGGCUGGCGGACCGCUGCAUUACCUUCGUCCUUGAGCAAAUGCAGCCCUAUAACUGCCUGGUAUUUUUGGAAAAUGCAUUACGCUGGACCCCGGAUCAUGACCAGAUUGUGGAGAAGUGCCUGGAUAUUGUGGACGAGUUCAGUUUGGCUGUGCUCCAGUCGGAUCAUUUCCGGGAGAUCGGAUUGAAGACACUGGAGAUGGUUUUGCGACGAGACACACUGUCGGCGGAGGAGAAUGUUAUCUACACAGCAGUGGAACAGUGGGCGAUGGCAACUUCUACCCGCCAAAACAAGCCUCCUUCCGUCGCUAAUCACCGGAACGCGCUAGGAAACGCCCGGUUCCUUGUUCGUUUUCCACUUCUGACUGAUGAGCAACUGGCUAAGGGACCUGUGACGAGUGGUUUGUUAUAUCCCGACGAAGUGUGCAAGAUUUAUGUGUACAAGCAUGCUGGCACCAAAGAAGGGCUGAAGUUUCCCACGGACCUCGGAAAUAUUUGGCCUAUGACGUCGGAACCAGGAAUGUAUAUCAUUUUACGCGCAAGUCGGUUUCCGGUGAGAAUGUACUGGAUCGCUAUGCCCCGCCUGCCCUGA